AUGGCUAAGGUCGACCAAAAAGUCGCUUUGAUUGUCAUCGAUGGCUGGGGUAUCGCUGGUCCCCAGUCACCCCCCAAGGGCGAUGCCAUCGCUGCCGCCGAGACCCCGUACAUGUCCGGUUUCGCUGAGGCCAACUCCAAGACUGCCCAGGGUUUUACUGAGCUAGAUGCCUCCUCGCUGGCUGUCGGUCUUCCCGAGGGCCUCAUGGGCAACAGUGAGGUCGGCCACUUGAACAUUGGUGCCGGUCGUGUUGUCUGGCAAGACAGUGUUCGCAUCGACCAGACACUUAAGAAUGGAGAGCUGAACAAGGUUGAGAACAUUGUCAAAGCUUUCACUCGCGCGAAAGAGGGCAACGGUCGCCUGCAUCUGUGCGGUCUGGUCUCAGAUGGUGGUGUUCACUCCAACAUCACUCAUCUGUUUGGCCUGCUCGAGGUUGCCAAGGAGAUGCAGAUUCCCAAGGUCUACAUCCACUUCUUCGGUGAUGGCCGUGAUACCGACCCCAAGAGCUCUAGCAAGUACAUGGAGCAGCUCUUGAACAAGACCAAGGAGCUUGGUGUUGGUGAGAUUGCCACUGUCGUUGGACGCUACUACAUUAUGGACCGCGACAAGCGCUGGGAGCGUGUUGAGGUUGGCAUGAAGGGUCUGGUUACUGGCGAGGGCUCUGAGACUUCGGACCCGCUCCAGACUAUCAAGGACCGCUAUGAGCAGGGCGAGACUGAUGAGUUCCUCAAGCCCAUCAUAGUUGGCGGCAAAGAGCGCCGUGUGCAGGAUGACGAUACUCUCUUCUUCUUUAACUACCGUUCUGAUCGUGUUCGUGAGAUUACCCAGCUGUUGGGUGACUAUGACCGCUCCCCUCGUCCGGACUUUCCCUACCCUAAGAACAUCUCCAUCACCACCAUGACCCAGUACAAGACCGACUACACCUUCCCGGUUGCUUUCCCUCCCCAGCACAUGGGCAACGUCCUUGCUGAAUGGCUUGCAAAGAAGGAUUUGACUCAGUGCCACGUUGCUGAAACCGAGAAGUAUGCCCACGUCACCUUCUUCUUUAACGGUGGUAUCGAGAAGCAGUUCCCCGGCGAGGUCCGUGACAUGAUCCCGUCUCCCCGUGUCGCUACCUACGAUCUAGACCCCAAGAUGAGUGCCGCGGAAGUUGGUACCAAGAUGGCUGAGCGCAUUGGCGAGAACAAAUUUGACUUCAUUAUGAACAACUUUGCCCCGCCUGACAUGGUCGGCCACACUGGUGUUUACGAGGCAGCCAUCCAGGGUGUUGCUGCUACUGAUAAGGCCAUCGGUGAAAUUUAUGAGGCCUGUGUUAAGCACGGUUACAUUCUAAUGAUCACCGCCGAUCACGGAAACGCCGAGGAGAUGCUUAACGAUAAGGGCACCCCCAAGACGUCCCAUACCACCAACAUGGUUCCCUUCGUCAUGGCCAAUGCCCCUGCGGGUUGGAGCCUUGCCAAGGAGGGUGGUGUCCUAGGUGAUGUUGCCCCCACUGUCCUCGCUGCCAUGGGUGUCGACCAGCCCGCUGAGAUGACUGGCAAGAGCUUGUUGGUCAAGGCAUAG